ACGCGCCCACCCUCCGGGUUUCACAGGACGGCCGCUCCUAGCGACAAAACAACGGGAGGGAAAAGUCACACAAAAGUUCCGUUUUCCGUGUAAAAGGCGGUUCAGAUGCUGUUGUAUUUUUUAUUUAAAGCGAGCGCGGGUGGUUUCGGGUGAUUAAAAAAGUGCUCCAAGCGACACUAGAAAAGUCGGCGACCAUUUGGCUUGGGGUCAGUAACCUGUUAGCUAGCCCACUGGAUUACUGGAAAAGGAGACAGUUUUUUUUAUCGUGUUGAGGAGACAAACACUGCAUUCUUUCACAUUCCUUUGCUUUUUCACCAAAGUGGACUAAAAGAAAAUACUUCUUUAGCUUUGAAUAAGGGGACCACAAUACCUGCUUGGAGCGCAAGUGUUGGCGCCAAACGAAGGAAGAAAGGACAAGGACAUCAUCAUCAUUUGGCCUUUUAUUGCAAACGGAUGUAUGCUGAAAAGGUUGGAAAAGAGAGCAAAAUGGGUAAGUGUAAAUAUGACACCAUGAAACGCUGUGAUGGUCCAACUCCCUGCUGUCUGCAUUUGGACAGUCAGCAGACAUCAGUCCACUUGACGGUUAACUAUUAACGGAUUUGUUCCAAGCUGGCCGCUUUGCCUGUAUUUCUAAAUUCAACAUCCCAGACAAGAUAAAGAGCAUUUUAUAAAUGAUUUAUUUAUUGUUUUGUCAGUACUCAAAGAAUGAAUUGUGCUUUCUGAUGCUGGGGUGAACAAACCAGUUUACAAAAAAGGUACUAAUUGGCUUGAGCCUUAACUUCCACUCGUGUUUUUUUUUUUUUUUUACGACUAGCUUCCUCUCAGGAAUGGUAUUAUCAUUGGUAUUCACCCCUCAGUGUCUCUUUUCCUAUUUAAGUUGGAGUAAAUCUAUGUUGAAUUAAGGCAGACCUUGUUUUUGAAUGACAGGAUAAAUAAUAAAAUGGAUCUUCCUGUUUUUUCACAUUGUUUUAGAAUCUGUUUCCCAAAGUCCAAAUGUCAGUGAUUCUAUGAGGUCGAAAGGAUAUUAUCUUCUGACAACGCAGCGGGUUUUUGUGUAGCUCCUGAGACUGAAAAAACAUCAAACUUCCAUAAAAUCUAUGGCAUAUUUUUGAGACAGGAAUUCCACACAUUCUUCCUGGUUCUUCAAUUCCUCUGAUUAUUGAGAAAACUUGACUUGCUGAUAUAUUUGUGAACUGGGAAAAUGGUAUUUCGAACUAUCUCAGAGAACCUUCAAUGGAAUGGAUUGAAAAUACGGAUAUAUUGAUUCAUUGAACCAUUAAAAAAUACUAAUAAUAAUGAGCCCUGGAUAAUUUGACAUAUGCUAUCUCUGCCAUCUGUUGGUCUGGAUGACAUAGGGUUCACUCUGCAUUUAUCUGUGUACAUUGGCUCUAUAUGAAUUGAACACAGAAGAGAGUGAGCAUCUUCUCAGCUGUUACGCCUCUUCGUGCCAGUAGCGGGGCUACACGAGUGCUAGCAGUUAGCAAGCAAACGUGAAUAUGAAUGGAUGCACAAAGGCGGCUGUGCAGCGCAGCCUUCCUCCCGACAGACUUAUGAUCGGCGGAGUAAAUAUUAAACGAAACAGCGCAAAAUGGUGUACGUUCACAGAAGCGGUGAUGCACAGUGUGGUAGAUGGCUACCAUCCUUGAACGCUAAUCUUAAUGACAGGCCUAGUUAUGGUAAAACAAGCAUAUCAGGUAAAAAUGAGCCAUUUUCAGUUUGCAAAAGUAGCUCUCACACUGACAUACGCAUAGUAUGGAAUCUCUCAGCACACACUAUCACGACAGCUUCAAGCAUUCGAGGGAUCCUCAGAACAAAGACCCACAGACCUGGUCUCAGGUAGAAGUGGACAAUAGACGCCUUGUUCUUCCUUGAGCUGCUUUGAGGCCAAAAGAAUGUUUCGGAGCACGAUAGUUUUUGUCUCUUUCGGACCCCAUUGGCCAUUUCAGAGUUGUACCAAAGCCAAACUUUUACAAUAGUAAACAACCUUUAGUCAUUUAUCUGAUCUAAUCUUCUUUGGAUGAGGCCUCAUUUUUUCUACAAAUGUUUCAUUCAAAUAUUGUAUAAGAGUCGACCAGUCCAGGAUGUACCCCGCCUCUUGCGCAAAGUCAGCUGGAAUGGGUUCCGGCAUACCCGCGACCCUAGUGAGGAUAAAUAUAUGGCACUUUUUAUAUCUGAAAUUGUUGAAUUUGUCAUAUUUUGCGUAUUGUUUAUUUGUGAAUUACAUCCGGUGUCAUCACAGUAAAAGAAGCAUAAUUUAUAGAUUCAUGACACAAGAUGACUUGACCUAAAUUUGAGGGUGCAAUAUGUACCCUCUAUUGAUCUAUCGCCAUAUGGGAUAUUGGUAAAAAGCCAAUAUAUUGUCUCUUGGUGGCUCAGCAGCAGCAGCAAUGGCGUCAGCAGCAUUCAUGUGCAGAUGUUGAGUAUGUGCAUGCAGUACAGUCAUGACACUGUAUGCUCGUUUAUUUAACGGCUUGUUCUUGCAUUAGACUUUAGACUAUUGAUCAGUGUCAUUUACUAUUCUCACUAUAUGCCAGAAAAUAUCCCGUUAUACUGUAGUUGUCCACAUUGGGAUUAUCUGUUGGGAUAGAGCAUGCCAAAAAAACAUUCCAAACUGUAACCUAUAAAUUAUCAUUCAUAAAGUUCAAAGGAAAUAACCUUAUUUUAUUUACUCAUUUUCUAAUUCUGUAAUAUUGAGCAUUUUCAAAAUGCCUUCUAGUGUGUGUGUGUGUGUUUGUGUGUGUGUGUGUGCAGGCAGUAGGGGGAUCGCUCUCACCUGUGUAUUAACUCCCUGUCGGGUGAUGGGUGUGUGUGUGAUGCUGAUGACCUUGGCAGCCAUUGGAGCAGCAGUCUGGGCCGUAGUUACAUAUUGCACUUUGGAAGAAGACACAGGAUACUAUGAUGUCCAAGUUACUUCUGCUGACCAACAUCUCAGAGUGUACGACUCCGCCCAGAAGAGGUGGCGACAAGUGUGUUCCUCCUCAGCCAAUGAGCUCCUGGCUAGCAUCAGCUGUGAGGAAGUGGGCUUUGUCAGUGUGGUCAACUACUCAAUCACAUCUGUGCCGGACUCCGGUGGGGAAGGUGGCGAGUUCUUCUGUGUCAGAACCGAAGACUUGAGCUAUGGCAAGAAAAUCAGAGACUCUUUGUUCCCAUGCGACUGUGAGAGCAAGGAGGUCCUCACUUUGUUGUGUCAAGACUGUGGCAGGCGUAGUUUUGCAGCAGACCGAAUAGUCGGUGGCGUGGACGCCAGGCAAGGCAGCUGGCCGUGGCAGGUCAGCUUGCAGUACGAUGGAGGCCACCAGUGUGGAGGCUCCAUCAUCUCAGACCGCUGGAUUGUCUCCGCCGCUCACUGCUUCCCAGCACGCUAUCGCUUCAUUAGUCGCUGGCGUGUGCUGCUGGGCUCCAUCUACAACAAACCAGGCAACGCCAACGUUGCAGAAGUGAAAACUAUUGUUUAUCACAGCAGCUACUUGCCCUUUGUGGACGCUAACAUUGAUGACAACAGCAGGGACAUCGCUGUACUGGCCCUCGCUCAGCCGCUCACCUUCAAUGAAUACAUCCAACCUGUUUGCCUGCCAGCAUACGGUCAAAGACUGAUUGAUGGACAGAUGGGCACCGUAACAGGAUGGGGGAACGUUGAAUAUUUCGGUAAUCGAGCAAACGUUCUGCAGGAGGUGAACGUCCCCAUCAUCAGUGAUGCUGUUUGUAAUGCUCCCGAUUACUAUGACAACCAGAUCACCACCAGCAUGUUUUGUGCUGGUUAUGUCAAGGGAAACAUGGACUCUUGCCAGGGAGACAGCGGCGGCCCUUUUGUGGCGGAGGAUUGCUUGUCAAAGUCCAUCCGCUACCGUUUGCUGGGAGUUGUGAGCUGGGGAACAGGAUGCGCCAUGGCCAAGAAGCCUGGAGUCUACACCAGGGUGUCCCGAUUUCUGCCUUGGAUAUCGACCGCCAUGAGGAACUAUAACAAUUCACCAGGAGUUCAUAAAAUGGCCCGGACAUGACUGUUCUGCACUGGUAUUUUCUACGCUUGCUACUCUUGUUUAAGAGUAUUUACCAACCAUCAAAGUGUGAAUGAGCAACGUAUGAAUGGCGUUGGCGUCUCCACAUUACCAUGGUUUCUCAUUUCCUCUUCUGCUCUUCACGUGUACCGUUUUACAGCAUUCUGAAUUUGUGACUUUGCAACGAUAGCACGGGUCAUACUUAAAUAAUGUUAACAUCAAUCAUUUAAAGGCGAUAACAUCAAGAUUAGGGUUUAGAAUAUUUUGUUUAUUGACAAAUAGUACAAAUGGUUCCAUUUCCAUUUGACGGUUUCCAUCAACGUUCCUCUGCUGUAAAGCUUUAAACCAACAAUGUCUCUCAGUCCUCUCAGCUCGUGGUGUAAAGUCAAAAAUAAACAGUAGCAACAUUUGCGUUUGAAAAAUAAAAUAGACAUUCUCCUAAAAUCCCCCCGGACUCCGACACAAGAGACAUUCCCGAUUGCCCACUAUUGCUAUUUCUCAAGCAGGGAUAGCAUCACCAGUGUCACCUGUUGUACCAGAGAUUAUGUUUUGUUUCUUUUUAAUUAAAAUUAAAAUGGGGGAAAAAUAUUUAAAUGGAAAGGCGUCGGGAAGUGACAUGCCAGAGUGUUCCAGGAAAAACGGGAGGGUUGGCAGGUAGAAAUAUAAUUCAACAAAGGACCGUUGGAAAACUGUUGUCAGUAAAAACUUGAUCAUGUAAAACAAAAGCCAUACAUUCCCACCAUGAAGGUUCCUGUAAUGAUGGAAAUGGUUCAGAUUAUAUUUGGACGUCAUGGACGUGCGAUAUAGUAUUCUAAAAAUACCUGCAGACACCUGCCUUCGGAAAACUGACCUAUCAGCUGUUAACGUGACCUCAUAGUCUCAAAUGCAGACAAAGAAUCUUCUUUGGAUUGAAAAGGCUUUUUCCUCAGACUUCCUAAACCAGAGCUUUUACUUUCCUUUUGUAAAUGUAAAUAUGGUAGCUUGAUGUCAUCAUAACUCGGGGAGAAACUCAACCUGUCACAAAUGUAGCGUGUGCACUGUGUUAGGUAAAGGCUCAGAACAUGCUUCUUAAUUUUGGAAGACCUGUAGUACAUACGCUCUCGUUUAGCUCCUCUCUUGACUCUAAUGCAACACUUUUGACACAAAGCCAAUCUGUCCGUCACGUAUGAACUGGUCAAGGUGAUGCUCAGUAUUUUGUUGUUUUGUAAAUAGUUGAUGUCUUGUGUAUGUAGCACGUUUCUAUCCUUUGUUUUAUGGAUGACCUGCAGAUCUGUAUGUCCACGGUGCAAUAAAUCAUUCAUUCAUUCA